GAAAAAGUAUACUAAUGCACAUGCGAUCUUUGCGCCAUAGUGUAAUCGUAUACGUCAUGGAUUCGAAAGAUUUAUAAGUUACAAAUUCAUAAGUCGCAAGACACAUUCAAUGGAAUUUUGUAUUAUAAUGUCGUAUUUAUUUAUUGAUAUUUACAUGUCUUAAUAAAAGACAUUUUAUAAAAUUUGUGAUUACUGUGUAUUAGAGGUUAUGCGUGGUGUACUGUGCUUAAAUAUCAUUGUAGUAAAAUCUUUUAUACUUCUUCGUGCUGUUAAUUGAUUUGUAAUAAUUGAAAAUGUCUUCUGACAAGUCUGACGCUGCAAGCAAUUCACUUCCAUCAAAUAUCCAAAUAAAGGUAGAACCUGGGACAUCUUUGCCUGUACCUAUACAAAACAUUAAAACAGAACCUGGUUUAUCAGCUACUACUAGAUUAACUUCUUUCCGUUUGCCAAGAGAUCUAACAUUGGGGGGUAACAUUAAGACUGAAAAAUCCAAGAAAGUAUAUAUACCAAAUUUAAAUGCUCAGAGAAAUAAGAAAAAAGAAGACUUAACGCAAAAUGAUUCCGCAAAGACAAGCAUAGGUAGAGACUAUAAUAGAGGACGUGGCAGAGGUAUUGCAGAUAGGGGACGCGACAGAGGACGUGGAAGGGGAUCUAGCAAUCUGAUUCAAUCUAGUGGCAUUUGGUCUACGGGGAUAGUGAGUACACCAGGAAAACGCAAUAGCAGUGGAACUAGGGAUAGUGAUAGAAGUGCUCAAGUAUGUCUAGAAAAACCAAAAUUAGAAUUGAACCGUAGUGUUGAUAAAACUGAAGAAGAAGAAAAAGUAAAGUUACUGCUAAGAGAUGAUUUCGUCGAUGAUGGAGAACCUAUAAACUUUGAUAAUGGACCAGUUAUUUUGCCAAUGAUCAAAGGAAAGUUAUACAAAGAAGACACUAAAGUAGCAAUUGAAAAAGAGGAGGAAGAAGAAAUAGAUAGGAAACCCAUUAUUUUGGAAAAUGGAGAGGUAUUACCACCAAAGAAAGAAUGUAAACUUAAGAUACCCAAACCUGACGUAGAAACAAAAGAUGAAAGUUUAGAAAGCAUUCCUAAGAUUAUUGAAAAUAAAGCAAACUCAUAUAUUUUAAUGCAGUUUCCAGAUUGUUUACCAGGUUUAGUAAGUGGUGCAGAAGAUACUAGACCAACUCGAUCAAAUAUUGCAAAUUACGAAAAGCAGAAUGAAAGUAAACAACAAACGGAAUUUUGUACUUUAAAUAGUUUAAAACCUGGUAUUUUAGGGAAGUUACAGAUAUUGAAAUCGGGUAAAGCACGCUUAUUACUGGGAGAAAAUAAUUUAAUUGUUGAUGUUGGGUCACAUCUUAGUUUUAGGCAUGAUCUUAUUGCCGCAAAAGUGGAUACCGAAAAUUUAAUCGGUGAUCUUAUUAAUCUGGGUCCAGUAACCAGUACGCUGAUAUGUUCGCCUGAUUGGGAAUCAAUGUUGGCCAAAUUAUAAAUAACUUUUUAAUAUAAUUUAAUAAUUAUAAUAACUAUUUAGAUCUUAUUAUAUAUUCUUUAUUAUGUGAAAUAUUUGUAAAUGUGAAUAAAGCUAGUGUUAUUUAAGAUACAAAAAGCGAA